AUUGGUUGGUAAUAAACUAGAUAGAAGUGAAUUUGUUGCUGUAAUAGAAGACAUAAAAGAUGAUGUGGAAAGGCUAACUAUUACAGUGAAAAUAAAUGUGAAUGUUUUUCAUGCAAACGAGGAGCUAAGCUAGCAGGAAUGAAGUAUGGGAAUGGAACUGGUUCCCCUCUGAAAAUAAUAAAAACAACCUCUGGAACAUCUGCUGAAACUCAACAGUCUGGUGCUGCUGAACAUGUCACUUCUGUCAAAUUACCUACUAUUGAUAUAGAUAGUGUUCCUAUCCCUCCAGCAGAUCAACCACGGGAAACUGAUGCUCUUCAAUUACCUGCAUUGUUUGCUUCUGUGACGCCUCAGAUUGGUUUAGCCCAUGAGAAAAGAAAGAGUGUCAUUGAUAAAGAAGUUUCUGCCUAUUUUUCUACAAAAACUGUCCAAGCAAUCGAUGGAGAGCAUACCAAAACAAUGCCUCAGCAAAAAGGGCUUGCAUUUACCAAAGUUAUGUUACCUCAAGGAAAGAGGUCUGAAAUAUUGAUUAAAGGCAUUGAUGAUCGUAUUUACAAAGGAACCAUACAUGAUUCUGAAAAUAUAGAAACAGAUGUCACCAGUGAUGUUUCACAUAGUUCAGAUGAUCAAAAUUUGGAAACUAAACAAGGAAAAAUUUCUAAGCCAGCUAAGGAGAAACCUGAUAUUCCAAGUCUUAAAGAGCCUAGAACAAGAAAAGGCUUCAAGAAACCUGUUAUUCAUAAGCCUAAAUUAUCAAGCAUCAGAGAUACACAUCUGCCAGCUAUUGUUAGCUUACAUGUGGAUGGCAAACCGUUACAAACUAGCCCUGUCAUAAUAAAAUCUAAUCCCGUCUUUAUGGUACCUACAGAUCAGUUAAAAAGUGUAAAAAAAUCAUCUGGGAUCUAGAAUUUCUAAAGUCAUGUCUCUGAUUUAUAAAAAGUAAUAUUUGUUAAUGUGUUUUUUAUAUUUAUAUUAAGAUGUUAAAAGACUGUAAUUACAUGAAUAAAUUUUGACUUAGUAUAUUUAUAA